CAAUGGAUAUUCUUUGUGAUGGAGAGAGCUCUGUGAACCCAACUGCAAACUCCUUCAUACAAAUAAACCAUGAGAGAAGAUUCUACAGAAAUGUUUAUGGAGCUGGGGAAAUUAAUAUAUCACAUCUCUGCAACUUGACUGUGAACUCUGACAACCUAACCAAUCUUUCAUGUGAAAGUAACAUGAGCCCACCGUGCUGCCCUUCACAGAAAAACUGGCCAGCUUUGCUGACAGUGAUAGUGAUUGUUUUAACCAUUGCUGGAAAUAUUCUUGUCAUCAUGGCUGUUUCACUGGAGAAAAAACUACAGAAUGCCACUAACUAUUUUCUAAUGUCACUUGCAAUAGCUGAUAUGCUGCUGGGUUUCUUUGUCAUGCCAGUGUCCAUGUUAACCAUACUGUACGGAUACGAAUGGCCUCUCCCUAGGAAGCUCUGUGCCAUUUGGAUCUACCUGGACGUGCUCUUCUCCACGGCGUCCAUCAUGCACCUCUGUGCCAUCUCGCUGGAUCGCUACAUUGCCAUCCGGAACCCCAUCCACCACAGCCGCUUCAACUCUAGAACCAAGGCUUUUGCCAAAAUAAUUGCUGUUUGGACCAUAUCAGUUGGUAUCUCCAUGCCUGUACCUGUCUUUGGACUACAAGACGACUCCAAAGUAUUUAAGAAAGACAUGUUUAAGAAAGACAUCUGCUUACUCGCAGAUGAAAAUUUUGUUCUAGUAGGCUCUUUUGUGGCAUUCUUCAUCCCCCUAACCAUCAUGGUGGUCACUUACUUUUUAACUAUCAAGUCGCUGCAGAAGGAAGCUAUGCUAUGCGUGAAUGACAUUGGCCCUAAGACCAAGUUUACUUCAUUCAGUUUCCUCCCUCAGAGUUCCCUGUCCUCAGAGAAACUCUUUCAGCGCUCCCUGAACAGAGAUACGGGGACUUCAGGGAGGAGAACCAUGCAAUCCAUCAGCAAUGAGCAGAAGGCUUCCAAGGUCCUUGGCAUUGUCUUCUUUCUGUUUGUUGUGAUGUGGUGCCCGUUUUUCAUCACCAAUGUGAUGGCUGUUAUUUGCAAGGAGUCAUGCAAAGAAGAGGUCAUUGGAGGACUCCUUAACAUAUUUGUUUGGAUUGGCUACCUUUCUUCAGCUGUCAACCCACUGGUGUAUACUUUGUUUAACAAAACCUACCGCUCAGCUUUCUCUCGCUACAUCCAGUGUCGCUACAAGGAGGAGAAGAAACCUUUCCAGCUGAUUUUAGUGAACACUAUCCCAGCACUUGCAUAUGAUUCCAGGCAGCUCCAGCUAGCACAAAUGAAGAGCUUGAAGAAAGAGGCGAAAAUGAUGGCUAAGGAUUACUCGACGGUCACGAUAGGAACACAUCGUUUAGAUGGUACCUCCAAGGGAAGUAGCGGCCCGGGGAACGAAAAGUAAGCAUCCUGGAUGUCCCUGGGUUUUUCUGCCAUUUAUUCUGUAUUUCAAAUAAGUAAUGUUGGAAGGUAAAUUAUACUUGAAUAAUCCUCUGUUUCCACCACCACUUAUAAUCUUUGUUUCAGGACUUGCAAUUUAUUUGCAUUCAAGGAUGUCAUGUGUUUGGCUUAAAAAUUGAAAGUAGUAUUUUCAAAAUUAUUGAUCUUUAUUCCCUGCUCCCUCCCACUGGUGUUGACAGGAAGGUGAAGUGAGAGAACAGUGGAAAACCAGGCACAACAUUGCUAAAAAAUUUCAGCACCACUUCCAGAUUCAUGACUCUGUUCAAUUCCAACAAAAUCUGAUUUAAGUAAUAUAAGAGGAAACUCUGCAUGAGUAAAGUCUUCAGUAGAAGGUUGAAGUAGAUUCUCUCUCAUCACUUCUCUUUGGUUAAAAAAGGUCAUUAUGAAGAAUGUUCUGGUCCAGGUUUAAGGCUUGUAAAGCCAGAAUUAUUAGAAAACUGUUAGUUGCUAAAAAUCGUUUUCCCUUGUUUCACUGUAUUGCUGUUAAGGCAGAUUGCUCAGGAAUGGUCAGAAGAUUGCACUACUAGGACUCAGCCUUAAUGAAAUAUGUAUGGGCAAAUGGGGCUCACUUGAAAAAUAACAGGACCUGUAAACAACACUGCAUUUCACCUGCAUAGAUCCAAGGGCAGAAUACAUUGCAUAAAGAACAGAAAAUACAUUGCCUGACAGACAUGCCUAGUCAUGAAACUCUUUUAAUGACAUCAUAACAGAUAUCACUGAGGGCAGUGGGACUUUGCUGAAGAGGACAAAUAUAAAUGCUGCACUCACAUGUAAAGUUUUAAUCCAAUAAUUUGAUUCAUUCCAUGAGUUAUUCAGCCAUAACCUUAUCAGAACCAGGAUGUAUUCCAGUUUCUGUGGAAAAAAUCACUGCCCAUCCAGAAGAAAAACUCCAAUGCCAAUGCCUUCAUCUGUCCUUCUGUUGAAGUUGUUCAGUUUUUACAGCACAAUUAAAUUUCCACUAAGUCAAAGAAGGAGAGAGACAGAGAGAGAAAGUGAAUCUUUUUCUAGCCUACCAGGUGGGAGUCUUUGGAAGAAGAAGGCCUUUAGCUUAAGAUACUGAUCUAUGGCAGACAAGGACUUAAAAGUUGGCUGGGUAUUCGACUGAUUUCCAAGAAACUGAUUUAUUGUCAUAUACAUGGUGUAAGUAAAUCUACUAGUUUUAUGAGCCCUUUCCUCUGCCAUGGGAUAGGUAGGAGCCACUGUGCACUGGUCACACAGAAGCCCUGCGUGCACAAGAUGACACUGACUCACCCCACAACCUCAGCCUCCAUGUCUGGGACAAAGUGUCAUGCUAUACCCCAUUGGCAGUAAUGAUGCCAUGCCUGUCGCCUAUCACCUCACAGACAUUCAUGGGUUUCCUCCAAAACUGGUCAUUUAGGAUGAACUGAUAAAUCAAGUGGAAUAAAUGCUGUGCUCACCAGGUGCUUUAUUUGCUCUCUCUAUCUCUGGGUAAAUUUGAUCGCCUCAGUGAAACUGAACAGCUUCAGCAGAAGCCAAACUCAACUGGCUGCUCCUACCUCCCUAUGCACACAUCCUGCUCCUACCCAGCACUGUGGGAGGGGUGGCACUGGCAAAGAGAUUCCAGGGGGAAUCUGCUAAAUGCAGCUGAGUAUGAGGACUACCAUAGCAGUAGCUGGGAGCAGUGACUUUCCACUCUUUCCUGUCAAGUUUGACAUUGAUCCUAAAGCUAGAACUUUGAGCUAAGGACAAUGCCCAUCUUAUAUCCCACAGGCCAGAUGUCUCCACUCCACAACUGGGGUGAUGGUUUUGAGGAUUUGCCCUUGGAAACAGGUAUCUCAGGGAAUAAGCAGGCAGUAAUAAAAGCAAAGGUGUUUUGUGAGAAGAGUCUGAGGCUCUAGAUCUGCUACCAAACCAGAUUGCCUUCAUAUGAUGAAUAUAGACAGGGGACUGAAGGUCCCUAAACCUGCAUGUGAGGGGAAAGGAAACAAAGAGACUUCCACCAGGGGAGGGUAUCACCAUAUUUUUUUGCCAUUUAGGCCUGACCUGAUGCAAGUUUCUCUGGCUUUGCAAUCAAAAGCAAUAGGUGGGACAGACAGCUUGGAUCUUAUUGCCCAUUUGUGCCAGGGAGCAGAGCCAACCUGCAUCCUGUAUGAUGUAUAUGGCACCCUGCACUUCUCCAGGGCUCAAUUCCUUCCAAAUCUCCUGGGGGCCUGGCUGCUGCUCUGCACAGUCUCCUUCUCCAGCUCACAGCUGAUAAACUGUUACUGGACAUUUCACAUUCAGUGCUUCUGCUCUCCACUUACUGUCUGCAUUUUGCUCACAUGGCAGAGCAGAUCAGUUUCUCUUUGUUUCUCUCUCAUUCCACUUUCUGUUCCUCGUUCACAAUGUCAAAUUGCUCAGGUUGCAAAUACUGACGGGGAAUGUUUCACUACAAUCACAGAGGGUUCCAAUUACUGGCUUGAAGUUUCAUUACAAGGUGACUCUGAACAAUCAUUUUUUUCCCAGCUUAUUUUAAAAUAGAACCUAUGUUUUGGGCAUAAGAGACUUAACAGCAUUUCAUUAAUUGACAGCUGGAGAGAACAUAACACUGAGUUUUUGCUUAGAAGCAGGGAAAACUUGCCUGACAUUUUGAUUCUGUAGCACUCAGAUGGUUUUAUUGAGUGAUCAGCAGCUUUUGCCUAAGUAGCCUCUCAAGGCCAAGAAUGCACAGCAAAGACCAAUAUCUCCAUCUCUUUAUCAAUGUUUUUGACUGCUUAGAAAGGCCUGAUUCUGCCACCCUGAAUCAAAAUAUUAAUAGAUUUUUGUGCAGUUUGCCUUAGUGAGGAUGGCAGAGUCAGGAUAUGAAUUUGUUCGAGCCACCAUGCCAAAUCUGCUAGGGGUUGUUCAUCAGUAGAUAGCAAUUAAUGGACUCAUUAUACUGCAGACAGAUGACAAAGUUCAGCUGUUUUAAACUAGGAUUUACAGCACUUGGCCCAUGCUUGGAAUGAACACCAUGGUUUUAUAUGACCAGCUUCAGAGCAGCAUCUCCAUCUUCCAAAAAACUGUGUUUUCAUUAUGCAUCAGAAUGGAAUGGAAUUUUUUGUAAUUUUUCAGGUUAAAAAAAAGAGAGAAGACAUUCAUACAGACUGGUUCAGAGGUUAGGGCCUUCCCUGACUUUACAGGAAAAGCGUGCUGAGUCAGUCUGUCAUAUCUGCAUCCAAAAAAGCCAGUUCAUCAGGAAAAAUUUUCAGCAUCAAUUUUUCGAGUAGAUUGACAUUUUAUUACUGUUAAGACUGCAUCUGAAAAAUGUCCAAAGACAUGAAGCUCACCAUGUAUCUCCUAAGCUGGUGUGCGUCCUUUUUACACUUCAGGGUAAAAAUUCCUAUGUAUCUAUCCCAUCCAGUCAACCAUGCACUGUACUUAUGUAACUAUUGCCAGAAGGUGAGAUGCAUUCUAUUUUGAAUACCUAUAUGUUUGCUUAUGUAAAUACAUAGAGAAAAAAAUUGUUGUAUUUUGUAAUGUUAAUGUAAAAUGGUGUUUCAAUGCUUUACUGUUUUGUCUCAUUGCACUGCUAGUAAAGCAGAUUAAAAUAUUCAAAUACAAUCAGUUGUUUUAUAAACUGGAGAUUUGUCUUAAAUAGCUAUUUUGGUUUGGUUUUAUUUCUCCCAUAAAUAUUCAGUACAAUGUCUGCUGAAGGCUAAAGUAAUUUUAAAUAUUUGCUGGAGAAAAAGAAAGAGCAUGUUGCAGAAUUUAACUCUCUCAGUAAACUGGUCCAAAAUGAGCCAUUGUAAUAAUUCACUUUUUCUAUGGACAGCCAUCCUUCUAAAGAGGUAAGUACAUACAGCUUAGUAAUUUUCAGUCUCAGAAACUGUGUAUUUGCAAUAGUGGAAAGCCAACUAAAUUAAUUUCACUAAGAACUGUAAGAUUAAAAUUAAUAAGCUGUAUUGAUUAGCAUGGUAAGGUUUCACAAGUGAGGAGGCUAUAGGAGUGGGCUCUGUGAGAUGCUUCCAGAAGUUUUGCCCAUAUCUGACAGAUCCAAUGCUGGCCAGCUCCAGGAUGGAUGAAACUCUAGCCAAGGCCAAGCCCAGCAGCUACCCUUGAUGGUGCCAUGGGGUGAUAGAUUUAAGAAGUGGGGAAAAGCUGCAGCAUUGCAGCCAGAGAGAGGAGUGGGAAUAUGUGAGAGGAGCAACUCUGCAGAAAACAGAGGUCAGUGGAGGAGGGGCAGGAGGUGCUCUGGGCACAGGAGGAGAGGUUGCCCUGCAGCCCCUGGUGCAGACCAUGGGGAGCCUGUGUCCCCCUGCAGCCCAGGGAGGUCCAUAGGGGAGCCUGUGUCCCCCUGCAGCCCAGGGAGAACUCCACGCUGGAGCAGGUGCAUGCCAAAGGAGGCUGUGACUCCAUGGGAAGCCCGUGCUGGAGGGAUCUCCUGGCAGCAUCUGCGGGAAGUCAGAGGAGAGAGGAGCCCCUCUGGAGCAGGUGUGCUGGCAGGACUUGUGACCCACAGUGGAGCAGUUCAUGAAGAGCUGCAGCCCGAGGGAAGGAUGCAUGUUGGAGAAGUUCAUGGAGGACUGCCUUCAGAGAGAGAGACCUCAAACUGCAGCAGGGGAAGAGUGUGAGGAGUCCUCUCCCUGAGGAGGAAGGAACGGCACAAACCACGUGUAAUGACUUUGCAGAGUUUCCAUUCCCCAUCCCUCCGUGCCACUGUGGGGGAAGAGGUAGAGAAAAUAAGGAGUGAA